AUGUCUGUGUGCUUAGUGAAUCUGUUCGCACUGCUGCUAGUCAGCAGCUGUGUCCUGGUGCAAAGUGGCCAAUUCAAUUCCAGUAUAGGCCAAAUCGCCAAGACUCACGAGGAUAAGACGAUGUUCGAAUCUGACAUUAAAGUCAAAUAUCAAGAUGAAAAAGCAAGCGCCAAGAUCAAUGGAGAGCUGAAAAUUUUCGAGAAUCUAGACAACGAUUGGAAGGUGAACAUAACAAUUCUUGUUGCGAAAACUCCAUUGUUGCCGUAUAGCAUGCAUAAGGAUUACCCAGUGAUGGGAGUUUGCGAUUUGAUGGGAUCGCUAUAUAAGAACUUUCUAUAUGCGAAGAUUAAGGACUACUCGAAUGCUCCCGAUCCAAGCAGCUGUCCAUUGGCGCCACAAAACUUCUACCUUAAGGAUUACACACUGCAUGCAACCGAGCUUGAGAAAUAUUUCCCGACUGGCUUCUAUAAAAUCUAUGGAGAAUUGUUAAAGGACAAGGAGGUCAAACUGGGCUAUAUGAUGGAAAUCGUAAUUGGCUGACAA